AUUUCCCCUUUCAAAAUACCGUCUUGGAGGAUUCUUCUUUCGUAGCUACAGUUUUGACGUAUCUAAUGCGCUCAAAUGACCAGCCAUUACCAGCUGAAGCUGAAGCUAUUCGAAGCAUGAUAUCCAAACUCGAGGAGCGCAUCGCAACUGCAGACUUGUGAGUCUGCCCUCACAGCAUUUCGUCAAGACAUGGUCGACUUUAUCUUAAAGGCCGACGAGAUGAUGGCUGAACUCCAUAGAGAGCGCGGACGGGUUUUGGUGGAGAUACAAGAGAAGAGGGGUCUUCUAAGCGUUGUUCGAAAACUUCCCUCCAAAAUUCUGUUGCAGAUAUUUCGCGAAACGCUCGAGUUUCCGUUCGCUCUGGACCAUUGAGCUGGUUUCAUGGCGUUGAAGGGCUGUAGGUCUUAACCCCUAGCUAUGGUCGUACGUCAACAUCAUCAUCACAGAUGAUGAUUUUGCA